AUGAAUCCUAACGGUAUGCUUGCAACAAUGAAUGGUGCAGCAGCAGCUGCUGCUGCAGCUGUAGGUCAUAGCGGAAGUGGAACCGGACCAAAUGGUACCGUUAAUGCAAAUGGUACCGGAGCUGGAAUAGGUGGCGGUGGUUGUGGUGGAACGGCUACAACAAAAAUUGCUGGACGACAACAUUGCUUCCUAUGCGACUUACCUCGUUGGCCAUGGGCUAUGUGCAAUGAUUACAUGGAACCUGUUUGUCGAGGCUGUGUCAACUAUGAAGGAGCUGAUCGGAUAGAAAAUGUAAUUGAGAAUGCACGCCAAUUGAAACGCGUUCACGGAUUUCCGGUAGGUGAAACUUCAACAACCAUUGCUAGCAGAAAUUUAUCGCAGAAAGAAUGUUUAAUGCAAGCCGGUGCGGGACGAUUUUCUCCAGCUGUGAACCGCGGUGUUAAUCCCGCUACAGUACCACCACCAACGGUUGCGCAACAUCAACAGCAACAACAGCAAGCAGUUGCUGCUGCAGCAGUUGCCGCUGCAGCACAAGCUCAAAUGCCACAAUUACCGCUAAAUCAACUAACCGAAGCUUUGGUACAACAACAACGGUUCAUUUCAUUGGCUGGUAGGCAACCUGGUCAAUUUACAGCCGAAGAUUUGCAUGCCUUGCAACAAUUGCAACGACCAAUUCAUCUUCAAAAUUCUCUUAUGCAACAUGGCCUUCCGAUGAGUGUAUUUCCAAAUUUGGUAACAAAUAGCGUAGCAAGCUUAUUACCACCAAAUGCAUCACUUGCUGCUGCUGUUGCAGCAUCACGGAAACGUGAUCAUGACUCAUCAGAUGAUAUCAAACCUGAUGUAUAUGGAAAAGUACAGCGUGGAGAUGCGCAAACAACUUCAGCAUCACCAACAUCAACACAUAGCCCAGAUCAUCCAAACAACAAUUCCUGUAAUAGACGAAGCUUCAGCAAUUCACAAAACAAUGAUCGAGUAGUGAAAUGUACUUUAUGCCAUGAACGCCUUGAAGAUACUCAUUUUGUGCAAUGCCCUUCAGUCUCAGGACACAAAUUCUGUUUUCCGUGCUCACGUGAAAGCAUUAAGAAACAGGGAAGUGCUCAGGAAGUAUACUGUCCAUCGGGUGAGAAAUGCCCAUUGGCUGGUUCACAUAUGCCAUGGGCAUUUAUGCAGGGUGAAAUUGCAACCAUAUUGGGCGAUGAUUUUGAACAAUUUAAAAAGGAACGAGAAGCAAAUAAUUCCACCGCUUCAGCACUCGUACAAAACAAUAACAAUCAGGCUGGUUCAAAUCAGAAUUCAACAUCUCAACAAAAUUCAUCACCAUCGGCUACAACAAGUAUCGCCUCUUCAACUGGUCAGAAUGGUGCCCCACCCGUUUCUGUACCUCAACAUAUCAAUCUUAAUUAG